AUGAAGGAACAGUCAGGUUUUCCAAAGUUGACGGAAGAGGCAGGUUUUCCAAAAUUGAUGGAACAGGCAGGUUUUCCAAAGUUGAUGGAAGAGGCAGGUUUUCCAAAGUUGAUGGAACAGGCAGGUUUUCCAAAGUUGACGGAAAAGGCAGGUUUUCCAAAAUUGACGGAAGAGGCAGGUUUUCCAAAGUUGACGGAAGAGUCAGGUUUUCCAAAGUUGACGGAAGAGUCAGGUUUUCCAAAGUUGACGGAAGAGGCAGGUUUUCCAAAAUUGACGGAAGAGGCAGGUUUUCCAAAGUUGAAGGAACAGUCAGGUUUUCAAAAGUUGACGGAAGAGGCAGGUUUUCCAAAAUUGACGGAAGAGGCAGGUUUUCCAAAGUUUAAGGAACAGUCAAGUUUUCCAAAGUUGGCGGAAGAGGCAGGUUUUCCAAAGUUGACGGAACAGGCAGGUUUUCCAAAAUUGACGGAAGAGGCAGGUUUUCCAAAAUUGACGGAAGAGGCAGGUUUUUCAAAGUUAAAGGAACAGUCAGGUUUUCCAAAGUUAAUCCCAUGCAUUAAAUAG